AUGCCGGUCUUGCUCUUCACUUACGUGCUCCAAUUUAUGGACAAGACCAGCCUUGCCAAUGCCAGCGUCAUGGGAAUCAUUGUUGAUACGCACCUCGUUGGUCAAGAGUUCUCGUGGCUAAGUAGCGUGUUCUACUUUGGCUACCUGUUUGCAAAUCUUCCAGUCUCGGUACUCCUGGUCAAAUUUCCAUUGGGAAAGACCCUGGGUACUGCUGUGUACGGACCUCAAACGAGUGAAUGCGAGACUCUCAACUGA